AUGGAGCACCUUUUUCACGCCGGGGACAACCUCGAAGGGCUGGCACAGCUCGCCGAGUCGGGCUGGCGGGUUGACCUGGUGUACGUCGAUCCGCCUUUCGCCACCAACCACGAAUUCCUGAUGGACUCCGAGCGAGCCAACACCGUGAGCGCAUCGGGGGAACUGGCCUACGCCGAUACGCUUACAGGCGAUGACUACCUGGAGCAGCUCCGCCUGCGGCUUGAGGCCAUCCGGUCGGUCAUGGCGGAUGACGGCUCGGUCUACGUUCAUACAGACGUCAAGAUGGAACACCAUGUCAGGCUGCUGAUGGACGAGGUGUUCGGGGCGCGUAACUUCCGGAACAGUAUCACGCGGAUCAAGUGCAACCCAAAGAACUUCAACCGGUAUUCGUACGGGAACAUCAAGGACACGGUCCUCUUCUACUCGGUGUCGCCGAACCGCAUCAAGUGGCAUCCGCAGGAGGAGCCGCUUACCGACGAGGACGCGGUCUCGCGCUAUCCGCUGGUGGACGACACGGGCCGGCGUUACGCCACCACGCCGCUGCACGCGCCGGGCAUCACACGACGCGGCCCCACGGGCGGCCUGUGGCGAGGGAUGCCGCCACCGGCGGGGCGGCACUGGCGCUACACGCCCGAUAAGCUGGAGGAGCUGGAGGAAGCUGGCCUCAUCGAAUGGAGCAGGACCGGCAACCCGCGCAAGAUAAUCUACGCGGACCAGUCGGCGGGAAAGCUGCCGCAGGACGUGUGGAUGUACAAGGACCCGCAACGUCCCAGCUAUCCAACGCAGAAGAACGCCGCAAUGCUGGAGCGGAUCAUCCUGACCUCUUCGGAGCCGGGGGACACGGUGCUGGACUGCUACGCGGGCAGUGGCACGACGCUGCUGGAGGCGGCGCGACUGGGGCGGCGGUUUGUCGGCAUGGACGACGCGCCGGCGGCGUGGGAGGUUACCGAGAGGCGGUUGCUGGAUGCGGGAGUCGAGUGGGGUGCGCUUGGGGAGGUCUUCAAAAACGCCAGUGGAAGGGAACACCAGGAGCGCGUUGCUGCCCACAGUGGUUCCCUGUCGUCAGGGGCCACUGGCAACAUGCUCUGA